AUGGAUAUACACACCAAAGUCAAUGGAUUCGGUCACACAAAUCAUGCCCCAAGUGAGGAUGCUCACCAUGAACUGCUCAACGGCAGUAGCCCCUAUACCCAAGAGCCUGUGGCCGUGGUAAGCAUGGCUUGCAGGCUCCCAGACUCAUGCCACACCCCACGAGCCUUCUGGCGGUUUCUUGAGGAGGGGCGAAUUGCUAUCAACACGCCCCCGGGAACUCGAUAUUCAUUGAAUACACAUUACGAUGGCUCACUCAAGCCGCAAACCAUGGCCUCCCCGGGAGGAAUGUUCCUCCAAGAUGUCGAUCCCCGCGACAUUGAUGCCCAGUUCUUUCGGCUUUCGGGAAUAGAGGCCACUUCCAUGGAUCCACAGCAACGCCAAUUACUGGAGGUUGUCUAUGAGGGCCUCGAAAAUGCGGGCGCCACAUUGGAGCAACUCGACGGAGCGUCUGUAGGCUGCUUCGUCAGUUCAUUUGCUAGUGACUAUGGUGAUAUGCAGGCCCGCGAUCCAGAAAAUCGUGCCUCGGCGACAGUCGUUGGCGUGGGUAGAGCCAUGCUCAGCAAUCGCCUGAGUCACUUCCUCAACAUCAAAGGCCCAAGUAUGACAAUCGACACUGCCUGCUCCGGGGCCCUCAUCGGGAUAGACCUUGCGAUGAGAUACCUCCAAUCCAAUGAGAUAUCCUCGGCAAUUGUAGCAGGGGCCAAUCUCUACUGCAGCCCGGAGCAUGUGAUGGACCAUUACAUGGGUGCAAAUGGUGCAGCGUCCCUAUCCGGGCGUUGCCACACGUUCGACUCCAAGGCCGACGGAUACAUCAAGGCUGAGGCAAUCAACAUGGUGUAUUUGAAGCGCUUGAGUGAUGCUAUCAAGGAUAGAGACCCUAUUCGCGCGAUCAUUCGUGGAACUGCCACAAAUAGUGACGGUUGGACGGCUGGUAUCGCAAGCCCCAACCCCGCAGCACAGUCGGCUGCUAUUCGACAGGCGUAUCAGAAUGCAGGCAUAAAAGACCUUUCGCUGACAAACUACGUUGAAUUCCACGGCACCGGAACAAGAGCGGGUGAUUCUCUAGAGGCGACCGGUGUUGCGACAGUCUUCACACCGUUCCAAAAUCCUAACCGUCCCUUGCGAAUUGGGUCAGUGAAAAGCAAUAUCGGUCACUCGGAGCCAGCCGCUGGUUUGUCUGGGCUUCUAAAGACCAUUCUUAGCUUGGAGCAUGGUGUCAUUCCUGGCAAUCCGACCUUUUUAGACCCUAGUCCUAAGAUCGACUUUGAAGCACUCCGACUGUAUACUUCGAGAACAGCCACUCCCAGGCCAAAGGUUGACGUGCGGCGAGCUAGCAUCAAUUCGUUCGGGUAUGGAGGCUCUAAUGCUCAUGUCAUCGUUGACGAGGCUAAGGAUCUGGGUCAUCACCAUGUCUCUUCUUAUAUAAACGAAGAGACGGAUGAUAUAUUUGCUGAGGAAUCAGCCACGCGGCCCUAUCUUUUAGUCUUUUCAGCAAACGAUGAAAAGGCACUGGAUAUCCAGGCUGCGGCAUUAGAUCGGCAUCUAUCCGAUCCUGCUGUGAAGGUCUCUCUUCGAGAUCUUGCGUAUACGUUGAGCGAACGGAGAUCCCGCCAUUAUCACCGCGCCUUUGCCGUCACGAGCACCUCAACCCUUGACCUACUCAACUUAAGUCGAGGCCAUAUAUCCGGCCAGAAGCCCAGAGUUGGUUUUAUCUUUACUGGGCAAGGAGCCCAGUGGCCCAAAAUGGGAAGAGAGCUUGUUAAAACAUUUCCGCUCGCAGCUCGCACUAUCCAGCACUUGGAUGGAGUACUACAAGACGCUCAUGAUCCGCCCUCCUGGUCGCUCUAUGCACAAUUAACUGCUGAUGAUGCCCAGGUUCAGCAUCCGGAACUGUCUCAGCCACUUGUCACGGCACUCCAACUGGCGAUCCUGGCUGUAUUCCAACAUGCAGGUGUGGUGCCAGAAGCAGUGGUUGGGCAUUCGUCUGGAGAAAUUGCAGCAGCUGUCGCUGUAGGCCACCUCUCUCCUGAACAGGCUAUCCUGAUAGCGUACUAUCGGGGCAAGGCAACUUCCGAAGCUGUGUACGAAGUCCCUGUCGGGAUGAUGGCUGUCGGUCUAGGGGCCGACCAAGUUCUUCCGUAUAUAAAAGGUACGACUGUUGAGGUUGCCUGCAUCAACAGCCCACAAGGUGUCACUCUCUCUGGAGUGAAGUCGGAGCUUGUCACUAUCGAAGAACGAGUCAAGGAUGCUGGUCAUUUUGCAAGACUCCUUCGGGUAGAUGCAGCAUAUCAUUCCCGCCACAUGGGGGCUGUCGCUGGCCGUUAUGAAGAACUGUUGAGGCAACAAGUCGAGUGGCCAAAGCACAAUGGGAACAAAGGAUCCAUUAUGGUGUCAUCAACCACAGGCGAAAUCAUUACAAAGUCACCAGGGCCUGCUUAUUGGGUAACUAACAUGGUCUCACCUGUGCUUUUCAGCCAGGCCGCUCAACAGCUAGUAGCAGGGGUAGAGAGCGUGGAUUACCUCCUUGAAAUUGGGCCAAGUGACGCACUAUCAGGGCCGAUCAAUCAGAUCAAGAAGGCCGCUUCAUCCUCGGUCGGGUAUGGCUCGGCCUGGAAGCGCGGCCCUAUCGCAGUCUCGACCUUGCUCCAUGCAGCCGGGACACUGUUUAACAUGGGCUAUCCUAUUCGUCUACAGGCAUUCAACGACGAUGCUGCUGACACUCCCCCGGUGUUUGUAUCAGAUCUCCCCAACUACCAGUGGAAUCACACCGUCAAGUACUGGCACGAGAGUGAAUCAAGUCACGAUUGGCGCUAUCGCAAAUUCCCCUAUCAUGACCUCCUUGGUAGUAAAAUUCUCGGUAGCCCAUGGACCACUCCUGUAUGGAAGAACGUACUGCGGCUCAGCGACACCACCUGGCUACGUGACCAUCUCCUCGGAGACAGUGUUAUCUUCCCCGCAGCAGGUUACAUUGCCAUGGCAAUUGAAGCAAUCUAUCAGAAGAAGUAUGCAAUGGGAGAGAUUCCAGAGGGGACUCUUGCCUCAGAGCUCCCCUUCAAAUUGCGCAAUGUGACAUUCCCACGUAUGCUUACGCUGGACACAGACGGUGUGACUAAAAUCCUGCUGUCUCUACAACCAUGCUCCAGCACUAAGGAGUCAUGGCACGAGUUCACUGUGUCCACAAUUACAAAGGAUAGCUCAAUUGAAGAACACUGUCGGGGACUUGUGAGUGUUGGAGACCAGCGCUUUCCCCGGCCACUAACCAGUGUCACCGACAUUGCACCUCUGCAACACCCAGUCCCAGGCGCGGUAUGGUACAAGGCUAUGCGCCACGUCGGCUACCACUUUGGUCCUGCAUUCCAGCCCUGCCAACAAGUCGAAGCCAAGGCAGACUCGCGUCAAUGCCGGGCUUUGGUGCGACUGCAAGCCCCCGAGUCUCGCUAUCCGCAGAGCCAGUACGCAAUGCAUCCCGCCGCGAUCGAUGGAUGCCUACAGAUUGCUACCGUCGCCCUGAACCGUGGUCAUCAUUCUGCGAUCAACACCCUCAUGCCCCCUGCCCUCAUUGAUAACCUUGUCAUCUUCCCGCACGAGGUUCCAUCUAGCGGUGAGGCGAUUGUAGCCUCCGAGGCCGUAUGGAGUGGCGUUGGCCGGCCAGAUGACAAUAAACGCUAUGUCAGUGAUAUCCGCGCAAUCUCCCAGGAAAGCAAUGGAGUCUUGUUCCACCUUGAGGGCUUACGAUACCACGCUAUCAAUGCGAGCGCCGACCGGCCCCAUGCCUUCACGCAGGUUGUCUGGAACCCAGACAUUGACUUUAUCACAUCGGCUCAGACGGCACAUAUCUUACAGGCGGCAUUGUUAUCAGACAAGGCCAAUGGAGAUGAAAAUGGCGACGUUGCCCCAGCCCUGACACAAAUGGCCAGGCUACUGGCACUCAUCGCGCACAAACGCCCGUCAGCAAAGGUGAUCGAGGUGGCGCUACGCGACGGCCCCACGGGUGGUGAGUCCCUAUACCUUGAUCAUGUUCGCGCCAGGGCGGGUCCUAUGGCCCGGGGGUGUAGCUACCGCUUACUCGCUCCGUCUCAAACCGCUGGACUCGUGGCGCAUAAGAAAUACGCUGCGGAACCGGGUGUUGCCGUGCAAGUAGUAGAUGCGAAACACGAGCAUUUUGAUGAAAUUGAAGAGAAGUACGACUUCGUCAUCUUGAAGGUCACCGAGGGGGAGCCGGAGCUUGAACAAACCAUCCAGCGCGGUCGGGAUGUCCUGGCAGUGAAUGGAUAUUUGGUUGUGGUAAGAGUAGCUGGGCUUCCAUUCCUGAAUGGUGGCACUUCCAGCCCGGCCGGUCUCGACACUGUUCAUGAUGUUCAUAUCCCUAAGAGCGGAAUCCUCAAUAUACUCUACGUUGGAGCCCUGAGGGAGAAAAAAUCGAAGAUAGACACCCCUGGUGCUGAAAGGGACAACGUACACUUGUUGCAUUUUGAUACUCCAAUUCCUUGCGCUGAUGUGAUCCGGGACGAGCUGGGUCAAAGGGGGUGGGAUAUAUUGCAGCACAGUCUACCGUUUCACAAGGUCCCGCCGACCAGCACGGUUCUGAUUAUAGAUGAGAUGGAUCGGCCAGUUCUCUCUACCUUGGCGGAUGAACAGUUUGCCGCCCUGCGAGGUCUACUGGAGCAGCAAUGCCGCGUAGUAUGGGUCACUAAGGGGUCUCAAAUGAGGGUUACGCACCCAGAGCAAGGCCUCAUGUUCGGAGUUGCGCGGUCGCUUCGAGCAGAGUACCCAUCGAACCUUAUCCUGUGCCUGGAUGUAGAGUCCACGACCAGUACCGGUAGCUUUGGGGCGAUUGACACAGCACUUCGUCAUAUCUCAUUUGUGGAUAACCUCCAGGAAGCUGACAGCGAGUUCGUGGAGCGGGAUGGAAUGUAUCAUGUCAGUCGUGUUGUAGCAGAUGACGUGCUGAACCAGGCACAAAAGGAAAGGGAGGAUGGAGAAGGGGGAGGAGCACCUGUUCGCGACGACAUUAUUCACGACCACAAAUCCCAUAUCCGCUUAAUCAGCGAGAGACCUGGUACAUUGGAGACAUUAAUCUACAGCGAAAUUCCUUAUCUGCCAAAGCUUGGAGACGACGAGGUUGAGAUAGAGGUUCACGCGGCAGGGAUGAACUUCAAGGAUCUGGCGAACGCGAUGGGAUUCGUGCCGGCCAAUGAGCACUUGUUUGGUCUGGAGUGCACAGGAAUCGUCACUUCUAUUGGCGACGCUGUAAGCACGGUCAAACCUGGAGAUCGAGUGCUCAUGGUCCGGCGAGACGGCGGCUGCUUCGCCAACCGUGUGAGAAACCGCUGGCAUGCUGUUCACCCCUUGCCCGACUGGGUCUCGUUCGAAGACGGGACAACGCUCGGAAUCGCAGUGCACACAGCUGUUUAUGGUCUCGUGACGCUAGCCAACCUUCAAAAGGGACAGUCUGUCUUAAUCCAUUCUGCGUCUGGUGGGGUCGGUCUGGCGGCCAUUGAGCUGUGCCACUAUCUCGGCGCGGAAAUCUAUGUGACCGUCGGGACGGAUGCAAAACGGGAUUUCCUGGCCAAGAAUUAUGGGGUCUCGCGAGACCGCAUGUUCUCUUCGCGCAGCACAGCCUUUGCUAAAGAAUUGAUGAAGGCGACCAAUGGCCGCGGGGUCGAUGUCUGUCUCAAUUCUCUGACUGGGGACAUGCUGCAUGAGAGUUGGAGAUGUAUCGCCGAGAAUGGCACUCUCGUUGAGAUCGGGAAGAAGGACAUGCUUGACCGAAACAGUCUCUCUAUGGAGCCGUUCGACCGCAACUGCUCCUACCGCGCACUUGAUCUCUCGCGAAAGAGCAUCAGCGAUGAGACCACCUACCGAACGGGCGUCUACAUCAUGGACCUGGUGAGGCAACGGCAUAUCAAACCGCUCUACAUCGGUGCAACCUUCCCCUUUACCGAAACUGUGGACGCUUUCAGGUACAUGCAGCGCGGGAAGCAGAUUGGCAAGGUUGUUCUCUCCUUCAAGGACAGCAAGACCGUACCGUUGCCCUUCAGACCAGCGGGCCCUGUUUUCCGCCUACGUGAGGACGGUUCAUACCUCAUAGCGGGUGGGCUGAAGGGUCUCUGCGGAAGCAUCGCAAUCUACCUAGCUCGAAAUGGGGCGAAGAACAUUGUUGUAAUCUGUCGUAGUGGGUACGAUGACGCGCGAUCCCAAAAGAUUAUCUAUGACUGCCGGUGUCUGGGAUGCCAUGUCGACCAGGUAACCGGGGACAUCACAUCCCUUGAAGACGUCCGCCGUGCAUUCACUUCUGCUUCUAUGCCCGUUAUCGGGGUGGUCCAAGGCGCAAUGGCCCUCCGCGACCGCAUGUUCGCAACCAUGACACCUGACGAGUUCCGGCAGCCCAUUGCACCUAAAGUCGCUGGCACUUGGAACUUGCAUCAGGUGUCGCUCGAGCGGUCAACAUCUCUAGAUUUCUUCACCCUGCUAUCAAGCGUGAGUGGUCUGGUUGGACAGCUUGGGCAGGCCAACUACGCCGCGGGCAACACCUUCCUUGACUCCUUCGCCGCGUACCGGCUCCAGCAGGGCCUUCCAGCCUGCUCGAUCAACCUCGGCCCCGUCGAAGAAGUUGGAUAUCUAGCCAACGACGCCCAGGGCGCAAUGCUCAAUCGCGUCUUCGAAACCCGUGGCUGGACACCCAUCCAUGAGGCCCUGCUACAUCAAAUCCUGCGCACUAGUAUCCUACAGCAAACGCAUCGUCUGAACCCAGCGCAUACCGGCCAACUAGUCACAGCAAUCAUGCCCGGCGAUACCCCCUUCGAGCCUGUCAACAGGUUCAGCGCUCUAUCUGGCAACAAGACAACCAAGGCCGGCGGUGAUGUCAACGCCGAGUCCAAAUCGAAGCUGAUUCUCCUCAAGAAGGGCUCGGCAAGCGAUAUGGACCAUACCAUUUUGCUUGCUGCCGCCGUCGAGUUGGUGAAUCCUGUUUUGAUGCGCAGUCUGGGAGUUGCGGAGCCUUUGGACCCCACGCGCCCGCUGAGCAAUUAUGGAGUCGACUCGCUGGUCGCGGUUGAGUUGAGAAAUUGGAUCCGCCAGCAGUUUGAGAUCGAGGUUAGUGCAUUGGAGAUUGUAGGUGCUAGGACUAUGACUGCGCUAUGUGAGACGCUUUUGGGUAAGCUAGCGCGGUAG